AUGCUAAUAAACCGAUUGCUUAGUGAAGUUAACGAACUUAAAAAUCAAAAAAAUAAUGGUAAUAAUAUUUCAUAUUAUUCUGAAGAGUUCAUCAUUAAUGAGAUCGGCGAUCGUAAUAUGAGAGCCUCAAAUCUAAUAUUAUACAAUGUUCCAGAGUCCAACUCAGAUAACACCGCCGACAGAAAAAACACCGCCGACUCUAAUGUUGUAAGUAAUCUUAUUGAUUCAAUUAUUAUUGGUGAUAAAAAUAUUAAACCGGUAAAAUUAUUACGUUUGGGUAUUCGUGUUCAUGAUAAAACUCGUCCAAUUAAAGCGAUAUUUAGUUCAUCAAAGUCUUUAGUCUUUGAAAUACUGAAAUCUAAGAAAAAAUUAUUAUCACUUAAUCCACCUUCCAAUAUUGGUAUCAGCUUGGACCGUACGUUGUAUCAAAGAAACUACAUGAAAAAACUUCGUGAAGAGCUGGAGUCCCGAAGAUCAAGUGAUGGUGGUAACGAAUUAAUUAUCAGAUACGUAAGAGGUACUCCAACAAUAGUUUCCAGAAAUGACCGUCCUAAUACUCGUGGAAAAAAUUUUUUUUAA